CUUGCUCAUGAUAAAAAAGAGAAUAAAACCUACUGCAGUCUGCAGCUGUGCAAACGGACACACCCUGAAUGCAACUCACUGCCGUAAUAAAGCAUUGCAAAGACGUACAACAGCUCCAACAAGUUCACGCUCAAUUUAUCACCACCGGCCUUCUCCGUCUCCAUCCUCCUCACAUCUUAACUAAUAUCCUCCACUCCAUUAACAACUUCGCCGUCACCACUGCCGACGUGAAAUCGUCGUCUGCAGCUGUACUAAGCUAUGCAAUCUCAGUCUUCAAUUCUAUCUCAAACCCAUCAACGUUUUGCUACAACACCAUCAUUAGAGCACAUACUCUUCUCUCGGCCCCUCUGUCUGCCCUCGGCAUUUUUGCUCGAAUGCACAAACUCUCCGUCCCUCCUGAUUUCCACUCCUUCCCUUUUGCCCUCAAGGCCUGCGCUCAGCUUCGGGCGGUUUGGACGACUGUAACAAUCCACUCUCAAGUAUUUAAGUUCGGGUUUGUGGCUGAUCUGUAUGUCGUUAAUUGUCUUAUUCAUGGGUACGCGGCAAUUGGGUCUUUGACGGAUGCAUAUUGGGUGUUUGAUGAAAGUCCUGACAAGGACGUUAUCUCUUAUAAUACUUUGAUUGAUGGAUUUGUGAAAUUCGGUGACGUUGUACGAGCUAGGGAAGUGUUUAAUAUGAUGCCCGUACGAGAUGCCGUCUCUUGGGGUACCCUUGUUGCUGGUUAUGCUCAGGCCAAGCAAUGUAAGGAGGCAAUUGAGCUCUUUUGUGAAAUGAUGAACACUGGGAUUCGACCGGAUAAUAGAGCAUUGGUUUCUGCUCUUUCUGCUUGUGCAGAGCGGGGAGAACUAGAGCGAGGCAAGGCAAUUCACGAAUACAUUAAACAGAACAGGAUUCGAGUGGAUUCCUUCUUGUCAACUGGGUUGGUGGAUCUGUAUGCAAAGUGUGGUUGCAUCGAGACUGCCGCGGAUAUCUUUGAGUCAAGUCCUGAUAAGAGCUCGUUUACCUGGAACGCCAUGAUUACUGGGCUAGCAAUGCACGGUCAUGGCCACCUAUCAUUGAAUUACUUCUCGAGAAUGAAAGAGGCUGGAAUUCCACCGGAUGGAAUAAGCUUCCUUGGAGUCCUGGUGGGAUGUAGCCACACCGGUCUAGUUCGUGAAGCACAGAAACUAUUUGAUGAGAUGGAAUCUGUCUAUGGGGUCACUCGAGAACUCAAGCACUAUGGCUGCAUGGCUGAUUUGCUAGGACGGGCCGGUUUGAUCAAGGAAGCAAUGGAAAUGAUAAAGGGGAUGCCCACUGGGGGUGAUGCAUUUGUGUGGGCUGGAUUGCUUGGAGGAUGUAGAAUACAUGGCAAUGUCGGGAUUGCGGAGAAGGCAGCAGAGCAAGUAAUGGAGCUCAAGCCUAAAGAUGGUGGGGUUUAUUCAAUCAUGGCUAAUGUUUAUGCCAGUGCAGAGAGAUGGGACGAGGUAACCAAGAUUAGGAGAUUAAUGGAUGCUAAUAAGAAGGUCAAGAGGAUUGCUGGUUACAGCUUGAUUCAGUUGAAUGGGGUUAUGCAUGAAUUUAUUGCUGGAGAUACCUUGCAUCCUCUAACUGAUGAGAUAUAUCUAGUUUUAAAUGAAAUCAGAGAACAUCAAUUUGAGACUUGUUAAGUAGUACAGUACAGUCAACUGAACAAGAUUGAGCAACCAGGCAGCUCCUGGAUUUCCUCACCCUGUUGGCACCCACCCACCUUGAAGCUGAAGAGUAAACAUGUGCUCCACACUUAUUGGGCUCUAGUUCCUCAAUUUUACUGGCUGCCAACUCUGCCAUUUCUACAUGACAGGGUUGAGUUGAAGUCUAUCUUAAUUGAGAGGACAGUUUCAUAAAGUCACUCAGAAUAUAAAUAGAUGUUGUGUUUUAGGUUUUUUGCAAUCUAAUCUCAUAUUAUUUUUCUCUCUUGUGACGGCCACCAAGUCGUAGCGAGAGCAUAUUGUACUUUGAUACUCCUUGAAAGUAGU